AUGGCAGAUGAUGAUGAUUUAAGUUCCAAAUAUGCGUUUCUGUUGCAACCAGUUAGAGAUUUGCAGAAAAAUUGGGAAAUCGAUAUCAGUCAUCUACUGGACGAAUUUACUGAGCAGCUUCGGUUAUGUGAAAUUAGAUUAGAUUCGGGUAAAGAAGAGUCUGGAUCACAUAAGAAGUUUAGUUUUGCUGAAGCAGCAAUGCUGAUUCAAGGCUCCACCAUGGUCUAUAGCAAGAAGGUCGAAUAUGUUUAUGGACUCGCACGUAAUUUCUACGAACAGCUUUGCAGUAAAAAGACGCUUCGAAAAAAAAAUACGGAGGAUGUGAAUGAAAAUAUGGAUGUAGUGGGAAAUGACAGUGAUGACGAACCGCAAGUAUUCGAUGAUCCAUGUGAACUAAUUCCAGUUACGAAGCUUCUUCGUACUAAUGACUGGAAUACACUUAUGUUGAAAACUGAGCAGAAGCCUCCUCUUUUAUUGCCUAUGAUACCACCUUCACUGAUGCCACUUGCUGAUUAUGAAAAAAGUAAUGUACCACUUUAUUCUUCACGAAAUAACAAAGAACUGGUUGGCAAAAAGGAUGACUUUAUUAUCAAUACUGGUUUCAUUCAUAAAAGCGGCGUUCUUCUACUUGACUUAGCUAAUGAAAGGCUUUUAAACGAAUUUCUGUCACAGAAUCCUAAUAGAAACAAUAGUUCGUGCGAUAAGGGAUACGCGUUAAUGGAGGAAAGUAAAACGCAAAAUGUGGAUGGUAACGGCUCUGUUCAUACGUGCAUGAGUGAAGUGGAAAAAGGUCGCCGUAUUACUUUUAGUACCAAUCCAAAUACUACAACACACCGUGACACGACUCAUGCGGAUCUUGUCAGUGAUGUUCCUGAAUUACAUACAAUGGAGCUUGAUGAUAUGAAAACUUGUUUAUCUCGAAAUGAUGAGUCAAGUGAAAUAGAUUUUGGUGGACAGGAUUUUGAUUACAGUCAUGAUGUUAAAGAUCGCCAUCCGGCUGACGAAGAAAACUUUGUUGGAGCAGAUAACUGUGAGCCCGUGAUGGAUCUGUUUCAGUUACAAGACUACAAAUAUGCGCCUUAUCGAGCUUGUAAACCAUCUUUUUCUAUGGAACGACGGCAGAAGCGUAAUUUAGAAAGGAAAGAAAAAUUAAGUCUCAAGUCACUUUCUAACUUUAAUUACUUUCUUCAGCAGAAUGUGUAUCAUUCGAUUCCGAAAAACAACCGUCUGGUAGAUGAUGUCUUCGCAACUGUUUUCGGAAUAUAUAUGCGAAGGAUAGAAAGACGUCGAAUGAACGAAAUCAGGAGCAGAAUAUUGCAAAAGAAAGAAGAGCCAGCAACCGACAUUCCAGUAUGUCAUGAUCAAAACGCGCACAAUAUCACUGCGAAAGAUUAUUCCAGUGACGAAAGUCAAGGGCCCUCUGACAUUGAUGAAGAUGAAAAUUUGACUUUUGGUAAGAUACAAGACCAUGAGAUAGAUAAUCAGAUUAGUAUGACUUCCUUAUAUAUGAACUACGACGAUCCGGUUACUAAUUUGAAAUCUGCUGAAAAUAUGACAUAUCAAGAUAUGCUGAAAGUUCACUUAAAUAAAUACUGGUCGUCUGCGGAAGAAGCUACAUCAGAGCUUUGUAAACGCGUGCAACAAUGGGAAGAAAAAAUUCAGCCACUACUAGAAGAGGAAGAAUCACGCCGCAAAUUUGAUAUUCAUGAAUAUGGUUCUGAGCUUCUCAGUCAAUAUGUAAACAUUGGAGAAAAAAAAUGCUUUUUUGAGUUGGUGAAAGAUGCAAGCGCACAGUAUGAUAUCAGUCGUUAUUAUUUGGCAUCAUUAAUGCUUGCUAAUACUGGAAAUAUUGAACUGAAUACUACCUUAUCAAAUGAAGACGAUGGUCAAAGAGAUGUAGCUUUAAAGUUGUUGAAGAAAAAACGUCACCAUGAACAAUUUUUGGAUACAUCUGUUUAA